AUGGUGAUAUACUCACUUCUAGAUGUUUCCGUGUUGUGUUUUGUCUCUUUUUUUCAAGAAUAUGUAGAAAAACCCUUAAAGCUUGUCUUAAAAGUGGGAGGUAAUGAAGUCGCAGAACUUUCUACUCAAAGCACAGUGCAUGACCCAUCCCACUAUGAAGAUAAAGACGAAAAACACAAAGACAAGAAAAGGAAAAAGAGGAAAAAAGCAGAAAAGCAAGCCCCUGGAGAGGAAAAGGAAAAAAGGAAGAGAAAAGUCAAGGAGGAUAAAAAGAAACGAGAUAGGGACCAUGGUGAAAAUGAAGGUGAAAGAGACCUGAAACCUAUAAGGCUGGAUAUAUCUCUGGACAAACCACUGGCAAGCAGUUUAGCAAAACAGGAAGAAGUGGAGCAAACACCACUUCAAGAAGCUUUGAACCAACUUGUCAGACAGCUGCAGAGAAAAGAUCCAAAUGCUUUCUUUUCAUUUCCUGUGACUGACUUUAUUGCUCCCGGCUACUCCAUGAUCAUUAAACGCCCAAUGGAUUUUAGUACCAUGAAAGAGAAGAUCAAGAACAAUGGUUACCAGUCCAUAGAAGAACUAAAGGACAGUUUCAGGCUGAUGUGUACUAAUGCUAUGAUCUAUAACAAACCAGAGACCAUUUAUUACAAGGCUGCGAAAAAGCUCUUGCAUUCAGGAAUGAAAAUACUCAGCCAGGAAAGAAUUCAGAGCUUGAAGCAAAGCAUCGACUUCAUGGCAGACCUUCAGAAAGCCCGGAAGCAGAAAGAUAAAUCCGAUCUACAGUCUGGGGGAGAAAAUGGCAACGGACUCGGAAAAGAAGCAAACUCCAUGAACGUAGACCUUCGAGCCUUUAAAAGUCCCACCAAAGAGCAUAAAAAGAAAGAAAAAGAUCUACUUGAAGAAAAAAUAAGGAAUAAUAAUUUAGAGAAGGAACAAGAACUGAUUGAACGCAUCAUUAAAGAAUCAGGAGGGAAAUUGACAAAACGUCCUGCUAACGGCCAGUGCGAGUUCGAACGGAGAAAACCUGAUGGCACAACCACCCUGGGACUUCUUAAUCCGGCAGAAAAUAACGCAGGGGACCUGGCCCAUCCGUCUCUGAGGCUCGGUGCGACAGCCGGAAGACUUCAGUCUGGUGUAAACACAUUGCAAGGCUUCAAAGAGGACAAAAGGAACAAAGUUACUCCAGUGAUGUACUUGAACUAUGGACCCUUCAGCACUUACGCUCCAGCUUACGAUUCCACCUUUGCCAAUAUCAGCAAGGAUGAUUCAGAUCUGAUCUACUCCACUUAUGGAGAAGACUCUAAUCAAGGCGGUUUUAACAUGAAUGAAUUCUUGGCCAAGUCGCAAGAAUACCCUUACAUCAUGGCUGACAGCUUGCUGGACGUCUUGACUCAAGGAAGGCAUUCGCGUUCCCUCAGAGAAUUAGAGAUGUUACAACCUGUAGAGGAAGCUGAAUACCAGCGGGCAAGGGCUGAUGCCUCCAAGGACGUAGAGAUUGUGGAAGCAGAAGCUGCCACCAGACUCGACUCCUGUCUCAAUAAGGAGAGGCUGACGGCGCUGAGUUCAGUCACCAAUUUUGUGAUGCCUGUGGAGGAGUUUGACUCCGAAGAAGCAGAAGUCUUCCAGAGAAAACUCGAUGAAACCACAAAGUUGCUGAGGGAGCUCCAGGAUGCGCAGAAUGAACGCCUGAGCACCAAACCCCCUCCGAACAUGGUUUGCCUCUUAGGCCCAUCUUACAAGGAGAUGAAUUUGGCGGAGAGAGUGACCACUAACCUCAAAGAGCUGACGCAGCAAGUGGCUCCGGGUGACAUUGUGAGCACGUACGGAAUCCGCAAAGCAAUGGGCAUUUCUAUCCCUUUGCCAGAGAACACAGAGCGUUUGGUUGAUUUAACAGCUGUGGCAGAAUCUCCAAAAGCUGUCGUUCUCGUUGGAAACGAAUGUGAACCAGUUGCUACAUAAUGCUUCUUGUCAUUUUAAAGGUGGGGGUUUUUUUUGGUGUGUGUGUAGUUCAAUUUGUGUUUCAAUUAAUGUUCUCUUGGGGCAUUCUUUGUAUACUUACAUGUUAGGGGAGUGUUGUCAAAUUUGAAUUCUUAAUUAAAAAAAACUUUAAUAUCAAA